UCUGGCCAAUUUCUUUUAUCAUCAAAAACAUGUCUCAUAUACAACCAAUGGUUGCAGCGAUUUAUUAUGGUGAUAGCAAACCGCCUCUCCAAUUAUUUUUUAAGCAAUUUAUUGAAGAAUUGAAGGAAAUUUGCAGAGAGGGCUUGCAAAUCGGUAGACAUGAAGUAAAUGUCAAGAUAGAAUGCUUCGUUUGUGAUACGCAAGCUAGAAGUUUUAUUAAAGGCACUCCUGGUUCAAAUGCUGAAUAUGGAAGUUGUAUAAAAUGUACUGUAGUAGGAGAUUGGGAUAAAAAAGGAAGGCAUAUGAGUUAUCCUAAAAUUGAUUGCCCUCGCAGAACCAAUGAGAGCUUUCGCAGUAAAAUAGAUGAAGAUCAUCAUAAAGAAGAUACUCCUCUAACGGAGUUAGAUAUUGACAUGGGCUUACACGCAGAUGCUUAUACGGAUGGCGCGAGGGUAGUUACAAUUUCCGUACGAAAUGGUCAAAAGCACAAGCGGAUUCAAUAUCAGAAAUGCUACAAACUUGUAAUGCAACUAAACCAAAUGAUAUUCAUCGACAAAUAAGAACUUUAAAAUUCUUAAAAUUCUGGAAAGGUUCUGAGUACCGAACAUUUGGACUCUAUCUUGGUCCAGUAAUUUUGAAAGAUUUUUUGCCGUCAGACGUAUACGAACAUUUUUUAACACUUAACGCUGUUCUCACUAUUCUUUCAUGUAAUUACUAUUCGCAGUAUUUAGAUAUUGCUGAACGAUUAUUAAAUAAUUAUAUCGAAACCUUCAUUGACAUUUAUGGAAUUGAUUCCAUUAGUAGCAACGUACAUAAUUUAUGUCAUGUAGUUGAUGACAUUAGAAAGUUUGGGCCUCUCCCAGGAAUAAGUUCCUAUCCAUUUGAAAGUUGCCUUGGACACUUAAAAUCUUUAAUUCGAAGUGGUAAUUUGCCACUAAGUCAGAUAAGCAGAAGAGUUCUAGAGUUAUCGAAAUUAAAUUUGAAACGUGAGGAUGACUCUGGCAUCUUUUUGAAAAAUAAGAUUAUCCACGAAAAUCAUGAAGUGUCAAUGUGUUCAGGUGUUUACAAGACACUGCAUUUGUCUAAGAAUUUUAUUUUAUCAAAUGACGAUAAAAAUAAGUACUUUAUGACCAAAAAUAAUGAUAUCGUUUCUAUGAUAAAUGCUACUGUGUUUAAAAAGAAAAUUCAUGUAUUCGGUGCGUGUUUACAAAAUAUAUAUGACUUUUUUGUCAAACCUUUUGCUUCGUCUCGUCUUAAUAUAUACGCAUCAAAAGGAAAGCAG